AUGAGUGUGGACAGGCUCAGCAGGUCUCUUUGGGGUGCGUGGGAUGGCGCAAACGCAACAUGGCCGCUUCCUGAACAAGCUCUACUCCAGCCUUUCUGGGACUACCUGCGUCAGAGCCAUGCCAGCACUCUCCGCUCUCCACUUUUCCCUGUGCUUCUCUCUGUCUCCACCUACCUGGUCCUUGUCCUUCUCUACACCACUCUGGACCUUCUGGCACCAACGUGGCCAAGUAUUCGCCGCUACCAGCUGCACCCGGAACGCACAGUCACAUGGUCCAACGUGGGCACCACACUAGCACUCACCGCCUACAACCACCUGCUUUACAUCUUCCCGGCAGCCGUGGCACAAUGGCUGUGGCGUCCACCGGUGCCACUUCCACGCCAUGCACCCUCGCUCACUUCCUUCUUGCUUGGUAUUGCAGGUUGCACAGUGCUUUUUGAUUUCCAGUACUUUGUUUGGCAUCUCCUGCACCACCGCAUUGCUUGGUUGUAUGCCACCUUCCAUGCUGUGCAUCAUCAAUACCGGCAGACAUUCAGCCUGGUCACACAGUACCUGUCAGCGUGGGAGCUUAUCUGUGUGGGCCUGUGGACUACUGUAGACCCACUACUUCUGCAUUGCCACUGUCUUACUGCCUGGGCAUUUAUGGUCUUCAACGUGUGGGUGUCAGCUGAGGAUCACUGUGGUUAUGACUUUCCCUGGGCCAUGCAUCGCCUUGUGCCAUUUGGUCUGUGGGGUGGUGCACCACGCCACGACGUGCAUCACCUGCAGCCUGGCACCAAUUUUGCUCCCUUCUUCACACACUGGGAUUGGUUGGCAGGCACUGCCAGCACACCUGUCAAAUUUUGUAACAACAAUGAUCACAGCAGCCUGAAAGAGAACGGACUGAGAUCAGACAAAGGGGUCUGA